GCGGCCGCCGCCGCCGAGCCCGGCCCCGCGCCCCUCGCCGCCCGCUCCGCUGCCCGCUCGGGGCCGGGAUGCAGCCGGGGCAUGGCCGCCGGGCCCCCGUCACCUGCCGCGGGGAGCGCUGAGCCCGUUGAGAAUCUCAGGUCCCUGAGAACCUGAAGCUUUUCCUGCUGAUUCUCACUAUUUCUCAGCAAAUUUCCACCUGAGAAAGUUCCAGAAAGAACCCCGUGGGAGGCCUCCCUGCUGCAGUGAAGCAGGCCUCACCCACCACUACCAGCGUUAAGUCAGAACGGCCAGAGGAAGAUCCUGCCGGCAUUUCCCCCGAGCUGGUCCGCAGGCCCCUCCGGCCGGGAACCCGUCCCAGGAGCUGUCCGUCGGCAAACAGAGAGCCCACAGUGCCUCGGGAAAAAUUGGCUGAAUAAAAGGGCAAUCAGGACGCCACGGCUCCGCCUGAAGCGAUGGCCCAGCCCUACCCCCCUGCCCAGUACCCCCCUCCGCCACAGAACGGCAUCCCCGCCGAGUACGCGCCACCCCCCCCGCAUCCCACGCAGGACUACUCGGGCCAGACCCCGGUUCCCCCAGAGCACGGCAUGACCCUGUACACACCAGCACAGACCCACCCCGAGCAGCCGGGCUCGGAGGCCAGCACACAGCCCAUCGCCGGGGCGCAGACAGUGCCGCAGACAGACGAGGCGGCACAGACAGACAGCCAGCCGCUCCACCCCUCCGACCCCACAGAGAAGCAGCAGCCCAAGCGGCUACACGUCUCCAACAUCCCCUUCCGGUUCAGGGACCCCGACCUGCGGCAAAUGUUCGGGCAAUUCGGAAAAAUUUUAGACGUGGAGAUCAUUUUUAACGAGCGGGGCUCCAAGGGUUUUGGGUUUGUAACUUUUGAAACUAGCUCAGAUGCUGACCGAGCCCGGGAGAAGCUGAAUGGGACGAUCGUAGAGGGACGGAAAAUUGAGGUCAAUAACGCCACAGCCCGCGUCAUGACCAACAAGAAGACGGCGAACCCCUACAGUAACGGCUGGAAGCUAAAUCCCGUGGUAGGCGCGGUCUAUGGGCCUGAAUUCUAUGCAGUGACGGGGUUCCCCUACCCCACCACGGGCACAGCCGUUGCCUACCGGGGCGCGCACCUACGGGGUCGGGGCCGGGCCGUGUAUAACACGUUUCGGGCUGCGCCACCCCCGCCCCCCAUCCCAACUUAUGGAGCGGUCGUGUAUCAGGAUGGCUUUUAUGGUGCUGAGAUUUAUGGGGGCUAUGCAGCCUACAGAUAUGCUCAGCCUGCGGCGGCAGCAGCAGCCUACAGCGACAGUUACGGCAGAGUCUAUGCAGCCGCUGACCCCUACCACCACACCAUCGGCCCCGCGGCGACCUACAGCAUCGGAACCAUGGCUAGCCUGUGCCGAGGAGGGUACAGCCGCUUCACCCCCUACUAGCAAGAGGGCCCAGCCCCUAGCAGCAUUCACACUGACUGCCCAGUACACACCAAACCCAGCAGUCCAAAACCAGGCACAGCCACCAGGAGGACAGUGCGCCCCCCCCAGGCCGCGGCACGCGACGCCAAAGCCCGUAGGGUUUACCUCCAGCCAGCUGGUCUCCCUGCCCCUCACGAUGGCGUGUGUGUCUUUGACCCUGGUGCCCCCUGUAUGUCUGAAACCUUGCUUCCUAUUUUGACUUUGUUGACGUUGUACCCCCAAGUCGUUUCAGGUACGGUAUGCACAGGGGGAGGGGCUAGGCCGGGCGCACCACCUCUCCCCACGACUAGCAAUAGAGCCCGCCAGGGCGACGCGACCCCCCGGGCCCCGGGGCUGCGCAGCCUCGAAGACACCCCGCGCCACCGUCCCUCCCUGGGGUUAGGGCGUCAGGCGGAGCUCCCGUCCGCUCGUCGUGGGGUUUCUGGCCAAGACAGUGCUCCCUCCCGACCUUCCCGUCACCCAGCUAAUGACGAGAGUGGCCUGUCCGCCCCCCUCGCCCCCACCACCCCAUCCAGCUGAGACUAACAUUUCGGGUUCGAGUUUGUUGAGGACGUUUCCUGCCCAAGCAGUCGCAAGCACAUGGUACAGGCGGCCCCACCACGGCCACAGCAGCCUCAGGGCUCACUUAGCCUCUAUGUAGGAAAUGACAGUGCAGGAAGGAAUUCCCGGCACCCCGCACCGCCCCCCCCCCCAGCCAGGCGCCCUCAGCCCGCCCCUGGUCCCUCCAGCCCCUGGUCCCUCCAGCCGUGCUCCCAGGAUAGCCCCCCAGCACUGCCCGAGAUGGGGCCCGGCCAGCCUGGCCGCCUUUGCACUUGGCUCCAGCACCCUUUACCCCUCCCCGGGCUUGGAAACAUCCUUUUAUCGGGGUACAUUCCAGAAGGGGCAAGCAGGUGAGGAGCGGGGGAGGGCCACGGCCCGGCGCCAGCCUCCCGCCCAGACAGGCUGGAUGCCGUGCUCUGCGGCCUUGGGGCCCCGGCGCUGGGACCCGCUGGUACUGCCGAGGCAGCCAGGCAGCUCCUGGAGGAAGGGUCUCGGGCCGGGGAAGCCCAGGCCCCCUCGUGGGCCAGAGCUGGGCUCUGGGUGCGGCUGGAGGGCGUGGGUCCCCGCUGCUGGACCGGCCCCCGCCCCCCUCCGCCCGGAGCACCACCACCUCAUCCGGGCCCUCGCGGCCUGUGCGGUGCUGUCCAUCCGCCCUGCCCUCGCCUUGACCCGCGCAAAGCAGCCGGGCGCC